CGACAAUAGACUAAAGGAAUUUUGGAGUUUAUAUUUGAGAAAUCAAAGUAAUCGUCAAAAUGAGUGCCGAGAAUGUGGUGACUGAACAGCCCAUAACGGCCACCACUGCCGGCACCACUGAAUUCAGUCUAUUUGGUCCGUCCAAUACGAACGGCGCGAGUCUAGAGAUUCUUAAGAAUUAUGAAUCGCUUAUUGUUAAGCAAGAGAUUGAUAUAAUGGGAUCCGUUUGUGACAAAUGCUUGUGUUGUGAUAAACUUAAUAAAUAUAAAAUCAAAGACAUAAAUGGCAAAACAAUUUUGACGGCUACUGAGGGUAAGGAGGAAAGUUGUUGUUCGUGUAAUUGUUGUCGUUGUUGUCGAAGGGGUCGGCGCUUUGAAAUGAAGAUAAAGGACGACACCGGAAGGGAAGUAAUUCGCUUGAAGAUGAAGAACCAUUGCUGUGGUCAGUGCUUCUGUCUCUGCAGAUAUGAAAAACUUGAAGUCUAUUCUCCGACGGAUAGUAAGAUUGGAAGUAUUGAAGAGUCGUGUAAUUGUUUUCACAAACAACUGGUGGUUUACAGCCUUUCCAAUUCGGAUCCAAUUUAUUCAAUAAAUGGACCAAAUUGUGAGAGCUUUCGGUGUUGUUGUCCGGGAACUACAUUCUCGAUUGAUAAUUAUGAAACUGACGAAAAGUGCGGCACUAUUGCCAAGAAAUGGAGUGGUUUGGCAAAGGAGGCGCUCAGUUAUGCCGACAACUUCUGCGUUAAUUUUCCCAAAGAUAUAGAUUUGAAUGAGAAGGCAAUACUGUUGGGCACUUGUAUUAUGAUUGAUUUAAUGUAUUUCGAGGAGAGUCCCAAAAAGGACAAGGAUGACGACUAGAGAGGACUCUUAACUCAGUCCCAUGUCUUGUAUUAAUUUGUGUUUUGCGGUGUUAUAUAUGGUAUUGUAAUUGAGUUGAUUGGUACCGACAAAUAACCAUUAAUUCUUUAAAAUGUUUAUAAGAAAUGAUUUAUAUAAUUUCAAUGCACAAUACUGCCGGCGCUCUCAACUAUAUUUCUUUAAGAAAAAUUUAUAUCAGAGAUUAUGUAUUUCUAUUAACUUAUUUUUUAUGCGGCAAUGCUAUACAAAAUCGAUAUUAUUGUUAAGUUUAUAGACAUUGCAUGGAGACAAUACUUGUCCUAAGCUAUUCCCUUAAAUAUUACUAACAUUUAAAUGCUUUUACAAAAUAUUUAUACCUGUAUUACUGUUACGGAUUGUAACCGA